GUAUAAAAGACGGCCAGCAUGUCCGACUAUCAUCACACAUCCUCCUCAACAGUCUUCAGACAAGGAUCUAAACAACCAAAUUUACCAGAAUGAAAUUCAUUAUCGCCCUCGCUUUCUUGGCCGUGGCUUUGGCUGCACCGCAAGGUGACAAGAAACCCAUUGAAAUUAUUUCAUCCAACAGCGAAAUGAAUGCUGAUGGCAGCUACUCCUUCAAUUUCGAGAGCGCUGAUGGCACAAAAGUGUCAGAGAGCGGCAACCAGAAGAAAGUCGGACCCAAGGCAGAGGAUAUUGGCACCGUUUCCAAGGGAUCUUACUCGUACACUUCUCCGGACGGUGUCGUCAUCACUGUCAACUGGGUUGCUGAUGAGAACGGUUUCCAGGCUACCGGUGAUCAUUUGCCUACACCUCCUCCGAUGCCCGCCCAUGUCGUGAAGAUGUUGGCCGACUUGAAGGCUGCCGGUCUUCUGUAAGCCCGUGCAUAUAUCACCCGUCAACUUGUAGCCAUAGAACAAAAAUUUUGAAUCCGUUUACGCUUUGUAAAGUCCACUGUAAUUAUUCCUCUUUUUUUGUCAUGAAAAAAAUACAGAAACAUAUUUCCCA